AUGAUGCGGGGGGCACGAUUCUUGCUCCUCCUGCCGGAAAUAUGGGACCUGAAUGAUGCGCCAGACCACGAGACGCGCACUCAAACCGUUCUGAACCACCUCCCUGGCUGUCGUCACGACACCCACGAAUUGAAAGGCCGCACGAUCCGACACGAGCCCCGGUAUCGCUGCCAGGGAGUUGGUGCUUGUCUCGCUCCGUCUGAAGGGAUGGGUGCCCUUUGGGUCUCUGAGAGCCAGGCCUUUAACAGGGCCUUAGCCCCUCCGAACUCUAAAUGGCAAAGUCUUAGUGCCACUCCGAAACAUUCCUGGCUCGCUGGAGUCGAACCGAGGUGUCGCAGCCGAUCUGUGGCCAGCCAACAUGGUACUCUUCCACCCUGGAGGCACCCACCGCAUGCUCCUCUUGCUCCUGCUCUCAGGAUCGGUGCUCGCCGUUACCGAACCACAAGUCUCCCCGCAGAGGCCGUGCGCCUUGUGGUGGAUCUGCGCAGUGACACAGUGACUCGGCCCAGCCCUGAAAUGAGGCAAGCUAUGGCUCAGGCAGAGGUGGGAGACGAUGACUACGGGGAGGACCCCACAGUCGAUGAACUGCAGAGCAUAGUUGCUGACCUCCUGGGAAAGGAAGAAGCAUUAUUUGUACCCACUGCCACUAUGGCUAAUCUCAUUGCUGUCAUGUGUCACUGUUGCAGACGAGGGGCGCAGCUUCUGCUUGGGAGGGAGGCCCACAUCCAUGUUUUUGAGCAUGGAGGGGUUGCACAGGUGGCUGGAGUCCAUUCAGAGAUAUUGCAGGACCUGCCAGAUGGGACCAUCAGUCUUGAUGAACUGGAGCAUAAGAUCCAGCAGAUCUACGGAAGUCAGUACCACCCCCGGCCUGAGCUUAUCUGCCUUGAGAAUACACAUUGCUCAGCAGGGGGACGGAUCCUUCCCCUUCAGUACCUGCAAGAGGUGCACCAGCUUGCCCACCAGUAUGGGUUGAAGAUACACCUGGAUGGAGCCCGGGUGCUCAAUGCUGCAGUGGCCCUGGGAGUGCUGCCAAAUCAUAUCACCCAGCACUGUGAUUCCGUCACCCUGUGUCUCUCUAAGGGUGUGGGUGCACCAGCUGGGGCCCUGCUCGCUGGACGGAGAGAAUUCAUUGCUGAGGCCUGGCGUGUGCGGAAGCUUCUUGGAGGUGGGAUGCGCCAGGCUGGGGUUCUGGCAGCAGCUGCCCUUGUUGGAUUGAGACACAUGGAGGAAACUCUGAGGAGGGAUCACAACAAUGCUAGAAGCUUUGCUGAAGGAGUCUGCAACAUUGGAUCUCCAUUGUGCUCCGUCAACCCCUCCUCUGUGGAGACCAACAUCGUCAUGAUGACAACGUCGGCACCUUGGCUGGCUCCUGCCAAACUGUGUGAGCUCAUGGAGGCUGUGAGUGCCGAGGAAGUUGCUACCACAGGCCAAGCCGUUAGCGUGCGACUCUUCCCUUGGGGUGAGCGUUCGCUGCGUGCCGUCUGGCACUGUGACGUCUCUGCUCAUGACACACAACUGGCUGGAAACAAGUUGCGCUUUGUACUGGACAAGUGUGAAACUCAGAAUGUACGCCUGUGA